GCGGCUCCAGCCCCAGAGGCAGAGGAGGGGCUCCUCGGGGUCCAGCGAGCAGGGCGGGGCCUCCAGGAGCACAGGUCACGCCCGAGGUAGGGAAGCUGAGGAAGCGAGGGGUGAGCUCGGCCGGCCCGGGCUGGAGGGACCCGUCUCCGCCUGGUCCCCGAGCGCCCACCACCAUGGCCCUGGCCCAGCCGCUGCGGGCCGAGAGUGACUUUGAGCAGCUGCCCGAGGACGUGGCCAUCUCAGCCAACAUCGCCGACAUCGAGGAGAAGAGGGGCUUCACCAGCCACUUCGUUUUUGUCAUCGAGGUGAAGACAAAAGGAGGUUCCAAGUACCUCAUCUACCGCCGCUACCGCCAGUUCUAUGCCUUGCAGAGCAAGCUGGAGGAGCGGUUCGGGCCAGAGAGUAAGACCAGCCGGUUCACCUGCAGCCUGCCCACGCUCCCAGUGAAAGUCUACAUGGGUGUGAAGCAGGAGAUCGCCGAGAUGCGCAUCCCCGCCCUCAAUGCCUACAUGAAGAACCUCCUCAGCCUGCCUGUCUGGGUGCUGAUGGACCCCGACGUCAGGAUCUUCUUCUACCAGUCGGCCUAUGACGCGGAGCAGGUGCCUCAGGCGCUGCGCCGGCUCCGGCCGCGCACUCGCAAAGUCAAGAGCGUGUCCCCGACAGGCCCCAGCUUGGACCGCACGGAGGCUCCGCGGGCAGAGGCCGUGUUCGACUUCACCGGGAACAGCAAACUGGAGCUGAACUUUAAAGCUGGAGACGUGAUCUUCCUUCUCAGUAGGGUCAACAAAGACUGGCUAGAGGGCACAUCCCGGGGUGUCACAGGCAUCUUCCCAGCCUCCUUCGUGAGGAUCCUCAAGGACUUCCCCGAGGAGGACGACCCCACCAACUGGCUGCGCUGCUACUACUACGAGGACACCAUCAGCACCAUCAAGGACAUUGCUGUGGAAGAGGACCUCAACAGCACUCCCCUGUUCAAAGACCUGCUGGAGCUCAUGAGGCGGGAGUUCCAGCGGGAGGACAUCGCCCUGAACUACCAGGACGCCGAGGGGGACCUGGUUCGGCUGCUGUCAGAUGAGGACGUUCGGCUCAUGGUGAAGCAGGCCCAGGGCCUCCCCUCCCAGAAGCGCCUCUUCCCCUGGAAGCUGCACGUCACCCAGAAGGACAACUAUGGCGUCUACAACACGGCGCCCUGAGCCUGCAGUGGCCCUGGGGUGGGAGAGGUGGCCCCCUCAGAGACAAGUCGCUUGGCAAGACCUGGAGGACGUCUGGGACAUGCUGGUCCCGAGGCUGGCGGGCCUGCGGGAAGGGCUGGUCCCCGUCUCUACACCUGUCUCUGAGUUCAAUCAGCCUUUGAAUCCCAGAGGGCCAGGCUCGGGAACAGUGUCUUUUGGAGGGAAAGAAAGAGGGAAUAAACUAUCGCUAAAGGGCAUCAGCUGUGGGCC